GCUCGGUGACGGGAAGAACCGGAUUGUUUGCCUGAAGGAGACUCGCGGGGCAGGCAGGGCAGGACUUUGAGGGGGGGCAAGUUCUGCCUUAUAGAAAAGACACCGCGCGGGAACUUUUCGGAAGUUAAGACAUUGGGGAAUGUUUCUGUUUGGGAGGAAGGGGUUCACCCCGCUGCCUGACAUGAAUUUCAGGGGUUGGUGCAUUUGGUAGUUCAAUCAGGAUAGGAAACAAGCAGACCCCCACUGAACUCUUCUGCUUGUAAAUCUCAAACCUGUUUUAAAAGUCUUUGCGUGAUUUAAGCCUGACAGGGAAAGCCGGUUGUCCCUUUCUCUCUUUCUGACCACCCCCGCCCCCAUUUGAGAAGAGCUAAACGGUAUGGGGUGGUCUAUUUAAACGAAAAACAGAAUGCUAAAAAUGUUCUUUUAAAACCUGUGUGUAGGAACCUACAAAUCAAACCUUGCAUAAACCUGUUUUGAUUUGUAAGGAAGAGUGUACUGAAGGUGUGGGGUUUUUUACAGUUUGAAGAGCAGGGAACUAAAGAGGUUUAACAUCUCCAUCCCCUUCAUUUGCAAUCAUGUUGCUGAAAGGAUACACCGUUAGAAGGAAAGUGCUUAGUAUUUUGGGGGGGCGUUGGCCUAGCUCUGGUGUAACCUGCCUUGGAACAGGGAAAAGUAUGAGUCGGCACCUUCCUCGUAGAAAUGUCCAUGUCUCCUGUCAAAGAUGUACAGCAAUGCCAUCCUGGGUGAUUGACCGCUAUGGGAAAAAUGAUGUGCUACGAUUCACAACAAACAUGGUAUUUCCCAUCAUCCAAUAUCCCAAUGAAGUUAUUAUUAAAGUCCAUGCUGCAAGUUUAAAUCCCAUAGAUGUUAACAUGCGAAGUGGUUAUGGAGCUACUGCUUUAAGGAUGAAGCGAGAUCCGCUGCGUAUUUCAAGCAUAGGCUCUGAAUUUCCCCUAACACUUGGUCGGGAUGUUUCUGGUGUUGUAAUGGAAUGUGGAUUAGAUGUGGGCUAUUUCAGACCUGGAGAUGAGGUAUGGGCAGCGGUUCCGCCCUGGAAGCAAGGCACUUUUUCAGAGUUAGUUGUAGUAAGUGGAAAUGAGGUAUCUAAAAAGCCCAGGUGUCUCAGUCACACUCAAGCUGCUUCUUUGCCUUAUGUUAGUCUAACAGCAUGGUCUGCAGUGGUCUGCGGUGGGGGACUAAAUCAGGAUAAUUGUAGCAAUAAAAGAGUAUUGAUCUUUGGUGCAUCAGGUGGAGUGGGUACCUUUGCUAUACAGUUAAUGAAAGCCUGGGGUGCUCAUGUGACAGCAGUUUGUUCUCAGGAUGCCAGCGAACUAGUGAAACGUCUUGGAGCUGAUGAUGUGAUUGAUUAUAAAUCUGGAAGUAUGGAAAAGCAAUUGAAAACUUUACCACAGUUUGAUUUCAUCCUUGAUAAUAUUGGUGGAUCCACUGAAAAAUGGGCUCUUGAACUCCUUAAAAAGUGGUCAGGGGCUACAUAUGUCUCUUUGGUAACACCCUUCUUAGUGAAUGUGGACAGGCUUGGUGUAGCUGAUGGCAUGUUACAGACUGGAGUGACUCUUGGUGCAAAAGCUGUAAAGCAUCUUUGUAAAGGGAUCCAUUACCGGUGGUCAUUUUUCGCACCAAGCGGUCUGUAUCUCGAUGAAAUAACUACCCUUGUCGAUGCAGGGAAGAUACAUCCAGUUAUUGAUCAAGUUUUCUCCUUUUCUGAUGUUCCCAAGGCUUUUCGGAAGAUGGAAGAAGGGCAUGCACGUGGAAAAACAGUGAUCAGUGUAAUUAAUAAAACAUAAUAUAAUAUCUGUAGUUGUUCUGAUUUCUUUGUG